AUGGGUGAUACUGAAAAUACUAAUAAAUCAUCUGGUCUACCUAAUAAAGCUUUUAAAGUUAAAAACAAGGCCCCAGCUCCAAUUCAAAUUACAGCAGAACAAAUAAUUAGAGAAGCACAAUCUAGGCAACUUGAUGUUCCUACAAAAAGAAAAGCUCCAAAAAUAACAGAUGAAGAGGAAUUAGCUGAACAUUAUAGAAAAAAAAGAAAAGAAUAUGAAGAUGAUAUUAGAAAAAAUCGUAUCCAGUUAAAUAAUUGGACAAAAUAUGCUAAAUUUGAAAUAUCUAUUGGUGAAAUACAACGUGCUAGAAAUGUAUAUGAACGUGCUUUAUCACAAUUUCCAACAAAUCCAACACUAUAUUUACAAUAUGCCGAAAUGGAAUGCAAAAAUAAACAGGUUAAUCAUGCAAGAAAUAUAUAUGAUAGAGCAGUCCUUAUUCUUCCAAGAAAUUCUCAAUUUUGGACAAAAUAUGCUUUGUUAGAAGAAACUAUUGGCAAUAUUCCAGGAGCUAGGACUGUCUUUGAAAGGUGGAUGGAAACUGAACCAGAUGAGCAGGCUUGGCAAACAUAUAUAAAUUUUGAAAAACGUUAUAAAGAACAUGAUAAAGUAGCAAACAUAUAUCAAAGAUUUUUACAUAUUCAUGGAGAUAUAGAAAAAAAUUGGGUAAAAUAUGCUAAGUAUGAAGAAAGUUGUGGAGCUAUUGAUACAGCCAGAAAAGUAUUUGAAAGUGCUGUAAAUUAUUUCCAGGAACAUGUUUCUGGAUAUUUACUAUCAGAAUUUGCCAAAUUUGAGGAAAGACAAAAAGAAAUUGAACGUGUUCGUACUAUUUGUCAAUUUUCUCUUAAAAAUUUACCUGAAGAUGAAACAGGUGAAAUUUUUAAUCUUUAUACGAAAGUUGAAAAACGUCAUGGUACAAUUAGUGACAUUGAAAAUACUGUUUUUAUUAAAAGAAAAAAUAUAUAUGAAAAAGAAAUUGAGGAAAAUGGAUAUAAUUAUGAUGCUUGGUUUGAUUAUUUAAAGCUUAUAUGUCAAUUUAGUCAGACACAUGAUGAGGUUAUUGACAGUUUUGAAAGAGCUAUUUCCUGGUGUCCUCCAUCAUGUGAAAAAAGAGAUUGGAGAAGGUAUAUAUAUUUAUGGAUAAAAUAUGCCAUUUAUGUUGAAUUGACGAUGAAUGAUUUAGAAAAAACGAGGAAAAUUUAUAAAAAAUGUAUUGAAUUAAUACCACAUAAAGAGUUUACUUUUGCUAAAGUAUGGAUUAUGUUUGCAGAAUUUGAAUUACGUCAUGAUAAUUUAGAUGGGUAUCGUAAAAUUAUGGGAAGAGCUAUUGGACAAUGUCCAAAGAAUAAAUUGUUUAAUAGUUAUAUUGAAACUGAAAUAAAAUUACAAGAAUUUGAUCGUUGUCGAAUGUUGUAUACAAAAUGGCUUGAAUUUUCUCCUGAAAAUCCAAAUAUUUGGAUUAAAUAUGCUGAAUUAGAAACAUUAUUAGAUGAAAUUGAUAGAGCUCGUAGUAUAUUUGAUACAGCUGUAAAAUUACCUCAACUAGAUAUGCCUGAAGCUUUAUGGAAAGCUUAUAUUGAUUUUGAAAUUCAACAAGAAAAUUAUAAUAAUGCAAGACUUUUAUUUGAACGUUUAUUAAAACUUGCUAAUAACAUUAAAAUUUGGCUUACAUAUGCUGAAUUUGAAACAUCUAUUGGUAAAAUAAAAAAUAGUAGAGAGGUGUAUGAUCGUGCAAAUACAGCUUUACUUAAUGGUAAGAAAGAAGAUCGUAUUACACUUCUUAAAGCUUGGCGUACAUUUGAAAAACGUCAUGGUGAUACUGAAUCUAAGAAUAAGAUAAAAGCUUUAAUGCCUAAGAAAAUUAAGAAAAGAAGGCAAAUUCAGACAGCUGAUGGAAUUGAUGCAGGAUGGGAAGAGUACUUUGAAUAUGUCUUUGCUCAAGAUCAAAUAAAUAAAGGUGGCUUCAAAUUACUUGAAGCUGCUAAAAGAUGGAAAGAAAAACAAACAGAAGGUGAUAGAUAA